AUGCUUAUAAUCAGACAACAAAAGCUUGCACUCUCAAAUAAUCAUGGCGGCUCACGAUUUCUAUCAACGGUCCAAUCUACAGCCCACGAACAAAUCCCACAGACAUUGUCAAAUCAAGCUCCCACCAUCGCCAAAGGACCCGCAUUUUCACUAUUGACCAAAAACGAGGACCCGAAGCUCGCUCUCUCCUCACUUGCCCGGUGCAAAAAUCUCUCUCACUUGCGUCAGCUGCACUGCCAAGCGAUCGCCAAUGGUGAAAUUCGAGGUCUUUUCGUGGCCACCAAACUCCUUCGCUCGUACGCAUCGGAAAAAGAUCUGGAAAGCGCCUCCGCAGUUUUUAAUGAAAUUGAACGGAAAACUUCGUUUUCGUGGUGUGCUAUGAUUAAUGGGUAUGCGAAAUCUUAUGACUAUAUAAAUUGUUACGCCACUUUCAGGGAGUAUAUAAGAUCCGGGGACCGACCCGAUUGCUACACUCUGCCUGUGGUGAUCAAGGUCUGUCGAAAAACGGAGGAUUUGGUAAUGGGUCGGGUCUUGCACUGUGUGGUUUGUAAAUACGGGUUUAAUUUGUAUCCUGUUGUGGCUGCAGUUCUCAUGGACAUGUAUGCAAAAGGUAAGGCUAUUAUGGAUGCAGCUCAACUGUUUGAUGAAAUGCCAGCGAAGGACAUGUAUGCAAAAGGUAAGGCUAUUAACUGGACCUUGAUGAUCGGGGCGUGGAUUGAGUCUGGAACUCCCGAGAAGGCUCUGGAUUUGUUUGAACGGAUGAGAGAAGAAGGUGUCGUGCCGGAUAAGAUUGCUUUGGUGAAUAUUGUGAUCGCUUGUGCUAAAUUACGCGUGAUGUGUAAGGCGAAUCUGGUGGGUAAUUAUGUAAGUAAGAGUUAUUUUUCAUUGGAUGUGAUACUGGGGACUGCGUUAAUCGACAUGUACGCAAAAUGUGGGAGUAUUUCGUUAGCAAGAAAGAUUUUUGAUAAAAUGCGUGAAAAAAACGUCGUGUCUUGGAGCACCAUGAUUGCUGCAUAUGGGUAUCAUGGGGAGGGCUUGAAAGCCCUUAAUUUAUUCCGAGUCAUGUUGAACAAUGGUGUACCACCUAAUAGUGUUACGUUUGUUUCGCUCUUAUACGCCUGCUGCCACUCGGGCCUUGUGGACGAGGGCCUUGAGCUCUUUUCGAUAAUGCACGAGGUGUAUGGAGUGAGGCGCGACGUGAAGCAUUUCACGUGCGUUGUCGAUUUAUUGGGUCGGGCCGGAAAACUGAAUCUGGCCCUGAAUAUGAUCGAGCAAUCGAGUAUCGAUAAAGAUGUCGGGCUCUGGGGGGCGCUUCUUGGAGCAUGUAGGGUCCACGUUGAUGUAGAUCUUGCCGAGGUGGCCGCGGAGCAUCUUUUCGAAUUACAACCACAAAACACGGGUCAUUAUGUUUUGCUGUCUAAUAUAUACGCGAAAGCUGGCCGGAGAGAAAAAGUGGCGGAAAUUAGGGAAAUGAUGAACCGUCGAAAGAUCAAAAGAGUGCCCGGGUGGACGUGGAUUGAAGUGGAUAACGAGAUUCAUCGAUUUAGCGUUGGGGAUUUUGCGCACCACCCUAUGUCUAAAGAGAUUUACAAGGAAUUAAAGAAUUUGAGCGGGAAAUUGGAGGUGGAGGGAUAUGUGCCGGACACGAAUGUCGUGUUGCAUGAUCUGGAUGAAGAGUUGAAGUUGGAACUUUUGCUUAGUCACAGCGAGAAGUUGGCUAUUGCGUUUGGUUUGAUUCGAACUCCGGACGGGAGUGCGAUUUUGAUCACGAAGAAUCUUAGGGUUUGUGGGGAUUGCCACACGUUUAUCAAAUUCGUGUCUUUGGUCACAAGGAGGGUUGUGAUUGUCCGUGAUGCGAACCGGUGUCACCAUUUCGAGGAAGGGGCUUGUUCUUGUGGGGAUUACUGGUGA